CUUUCUACGAGGCUCCAGUCCAACCAGAACUCUCCAUCUUGGACAAUUGCCCCCCCUCUUCGUCUCUUCGCCCAACGGGGAUUCGCCGCGGUUACUCCAGGAACUCUAUAGUCUACAUUCCUGGCCUUGCGUACUAGACCACCAUAGGAACGCGACGCGCCUCUCUCUUUUUUCACUUGACUCGGUCCUUUGCUCGCCCUCUCCUUUGGGGAACUACUAGGUAAUGGCUUCUGGCUGUGGAAGAGUCGAAGUUCCUUCCGCACCCUCUCGAAAGGAUCAUCUCGUUGAAGACACCGAAGAUAUGAGAUCCCAGGGUAACAUGUCUGACCGACUGACCAUCGAAGUCGACUGUACCUCCCUGGGUUCCAACGAGUGCCCAUCCAUGGCUUCCAGCUUCUCGCCCAUGGAAUCACCUACGCCCACUCCAACAAGUGUGUACAGCCAAGGCUCUCUGGCUUCACCCACCUGGCACGAAGGGGCCUCGUACCCGGGACAAGGCUAUGAAAGGCACACCGGAACCACGCCCAUGCGCAGCGCCUUUCGACUGGCCAGCAUGACGUCAAACGAUAGUAUGGGAAUGUCCUAUGGACAAAUGGAGGCACAAGAACGGAUGCCAAUGACCGACUUUCUCUCAGGAUAUGAUGAGAACGUUGAACAUUUCUGGAUCCCCCAAGAGGCGCAGAAAGCCUACGAGCAUGGCGUCCCUGGACUCCCAUACCCUCAGGCAAUGCCUCAGUAUCCCACUAUGGGCCGGAACAGCUACCGACAGCACGCGGCACCCUACCUGCCCGAAUCCGCUACAAACCCCUGUCUGUCGCGGUCGAUCUUCCAUCAGCCUGAAAGGGUCCCCAACUCAAUGUCCAUGGGCAAUGUGAUACCUUGGAUGGCCCCGCCGGCGGACUCAAUUGCCCCGCAAACUAUUGCUCCGUCGCAGGUCGCCCCAGUCACCCCCCCGCCGUCAUACUCGGAAUUUUCGAACUCGAUCAAUACCUUCAAGACACACAGCCCGACCACUCCAGUGCGUUCUUGCUCCCUGGGGACUACUUCUGGGACGGAUACUCCCAUGAGCCGCCUCUCGGGUGGCAUGGAUUACCUGGAUGACUUCAACCAAUCACCAGUUUAUCGCGAUGGUCUCGCUCGAGUCCAGCGCCAGCCCUCCCGGAAAGUUGCUCGGAAGCAGUCGUCUAAGCAGAGCCUGAGCCUGGAGAACCUUCCGUCUAUUAUCAAGCAAGUCCAGUUUAAGUGCAAGGAGCCUGGUUGCAAGGGUCGCUUCAAGAGGCAAGAGCAUCUGAAACGACACAUGAAGAGCCACUCGAAGGAGAAGCCGCAUGUAUGCUGGGUUCCUGGCUGCGAACGGGCUUUCUCGCGCAGUGACAACCUGAACGCGCAUUACACGAAGACCCACAGUAAGCGCGGCGGCCGCAAUCGCUAUGUCGCGACAUUGGACGAGAACAGCCCAGACUACAACCCUGAAUAUCGCGGCCAAUUGACCCCUGACGGGCGACCAGUCUACAACUCCAAGUCCCAAGAUCUCAUGGCCGAUGCUCGUGAAACGAGCGAGGAGGCGUGGUUGGAGUGAACGGAUAUAGAGUUUAAUACGGGAAGGACCGAAACAUGAUACCCUUGGGCACCUGAGUUGCCCGUUCCCUUUUGGGU